AUGAAUGUGCAGAUAUUCAGUCAGUUUGAGACGUCGGUAUUCUGUGAUGCGCCGUUUAUUUGCCGAACUGGUCGUCUUUGGAGAAGUUUGGACAAGAGACUCAGAGGGAUAGAUGCGGAGAAGGCCAUUUAUUUUAUACCGUCCAAUGCAGAAGACAUCGUGCUGGUAAAUGAUGGAGUGCUCAAGUGGAUUUAUACGGUGACAGGCGUCGCUGAGGGCGGCUACAUAGAGCCAACAAUUUCCAUUACGUCCGGGUUGAAUGUCAACGAGGCUUCGCUUGUUGGGUUCUUCAGAAAAAGCCUGGAUGAGUUAUCAAAGGAGUUUGACGUGGAAAUAGCGGCUCAAGGGAAAAAUCAGGCGGACGGUUACGAUGUUCACCUGAUAGGUCUGGAAUCGCAUGUCCUGGCGGCAGAACCGCAUUUUCGCUCAUUGCUCGAACUGUAUCAGGCUUCUACACAUGGUGGUCCUGAGGUGUUUGUGGAUUACUUUGAGUUGGAUGGAUAUUCGUUAAUACCGCUAGUAAUUGGGGUGGAUAUGGCCAACAUGCGACAUUUAUCUAGAACCUAUAGGACGCAGGUUCGUCUUCCUCCUUUGGUUUCGCAUUUUUCGAGUUCAGAAGGGGACGUCUGCAGACCUCAUGUACUUCUAUCAAGCGAUGUUCAUUCGCUGGUUUUAUCCGCCAAGAAGGCGAUUUUGGCCACAGUGGAGAUGUCACAGUCAUCAAUUUAUUAUCACAGGCUUGAAAACGUGUCACCGGGCAAGCUUCUCUUUAUCCGGAAAUAUUACACAUCUGAACUGAAGCGCAUGAUUAUAAAGUACCAAUCCUUCAUCAGAGUUACAGAGUCGUACGUUGAGUUUCAAGCUCCCUGCUCAACGUUAUUGAACUCCGUGAUCAAAGUUUUCACGAUCAAUAUUCUGCACCAAAUAGUUGAGAUCCAGAUCACCCUUACUGAUGAUCACUCAUUCACCCAUGAUGCGAUUAGAGCUAUCGUCUCCGAUAGAGAAUGCGGUCCUAUUGUUGUAAUGAAGCUUCCUGGCACUGAGUCACAACUAGUUUUAGUCAAGAAUCACUCCUUCUUGCAGGUCGGUACAGCUUCCUGCGCGACAGCAAGACCUAAAAGCAAUGAAGUCAUGUAUCAUUUGUCAUUGAUCCUCAGAGCAUUGCCACAAAACUCAUUGAGACAGCUGAGAGCCAUUUUUGAACUCCAUACUGAUUAUGAAGAAUUUAUAUCAGGGAAGAAAAACGGUAAAGUGACCCGUAUCAUGGAAACUGUUCCCAGCCUCAUAAAGCUGGAGAAAUUUCUGGAAGAUGACAAUCUUUUCCUCAUCCUAACAGCUGACAAUUUCAAUGAUUUUUCAAGCGCAUUUUCCAUGGUCCUCAACGAGUUGCCCGCUGAGGAAUCCUUCUUUAUACCGGAACUUUAUCACAGGCCUGUGAUAGGCGCUGGGGGAUCUGUUAUACAGGCAACUAUGAAGAAGUACAACGUAUUCGUCAGAUUCUCGAAUAGUUUUUUCCUCCCGCAGAAUGAUUUAUCACACAUACGGUAUGACAACGUUAUUAUUCGAUGUCCCUAUAAAAACGUUUCCACAAUACUAGAAGCAAAAAGAGAACUGAACUCUCUUGCCAGAGGAUAUGGCAAUGCGCAAGCGAGAGUUUUGCUUCGAUUUUCGCCUGGGCAGUACAGGCAUAUGCUAUCGUUUAAACGCGGGGCCCAGAUGAUUGGAGAAAUCGAAAAAAAUUACAGCGUAUAUAUAAUGUUCCCUUUCGAAGAACCAGCCAAUGAUUAUCUUCUCGAAAUUCGCGGCAAUGACGAGAAUCCAGCGGAAGCGGCUAAGGAGCUAAUCAAAACUUGUUUUGGCAUUGAAAGAGAACUGAAAUUGAAUAAACCCAUUAAGCCAACGAAUGACGUGUACAAUAGCAUUGUCGUUCCUUUCAAACAUGCUAUGCAGAUAGAGGUAACAUUCUCGAAAAGCAUUGUAAGGUUAACCUACGAGCAGGGCAGCUCGUUACUUCCCAAGGCGGUACAGAUACUGACAGAUUACCUCAAAUCUCAAAAUCUGAGAAUAGUUUCAAAGGAUGUCACUGUUGAUUUCAUUGUCACAAAUGAUAAGCCACUUAUGUGA